AUGGAAAUCCGUGAAAGACGGGUUUACAUUACUGGAUUCUACUUACUGCAAGCCUUGGUGAUUAUUACUGGUUUCAAAUGGUGGGUUUUUGGUCGAGUUCUUUUAGUUUUGUUAGCUUUGAGUUAUAGCUUUCUGGCACUUGGUUUGAUAACGUCUGACUUUUUGAGUCCCAAUUUGGCAUUUAUUUCCAAACAUGUUUUUCACAUCUCCGAUCGGGUGUCAGGUUUGACUUUAUUGGCUUUAGGUAAUGCGGUUCCUGACAUUACGAGCACUUACCAUUCGAUGAAUUCAGAUUCGACAAUUUUGGCCCUAGCAGAGAUACUUGGAGCAGUUAUGUUCAUGUUGACUGUGGUAAUGGGCGUUAUGCCAUUUAUACGACGUAUCGAUUUGAAAAGGGCCGGUAUCGACGUUUCAACGCCCGACGCAACAACAACCGUUUAUAAUCGCAACAGAUUCGUGUGGGACUUAGUCAUGUUCGCGGCGAUGGUUGUUUUGUCACUUGUGUUUUUGCUGGACGGCAGGCUCAUGUUUUGGGAAUGUGCUGUGAUGUGUGUUAUGUACUGUGGCUACGUUGGUUACCAAGUAAGCCUAAACGAGGAUCAUGAGCUCGAGAAUGAUCUGGUUCUGCCUGUGAGAUCUCCUAUUGCAUAUGAAAACGUCACCAAAAUCCUUGAACUGCGGAAAAUCGCCUUAAGACGGAAAAUUCGACAGUACAUGCGAUCUCAUUACAGUACCUGCAUGCAUUUGACGUUGAACGACACUCUCGAUGUUUGGCAACGAGAUAACGUUUUUGGAUCCGACUCCGAGGCUCAUAGCAAGCCUGGACGGCUUUUGAGAAGUCAAUCGCAUGGCAAUUUGGAAUCUUUGGUCCCACCCUGUAUAAAAGUGUCCGAAAAUAAGAGUGUCGCGGGCGACCUCAUCGGGCCAAUACCAGUCGCGGCAUCGAAACCUGCUAGUGCGAGUUCUGAUCGUUUAUUAACUCCUAAAACCAAAGGGCGGUCUAUUAGUGCUGAUCACUUGCUUUACGUCGAUGAUCGUAUCGCAACGCCCACGUCAGUACUCUCCGAAAAUGUCUUUGAUCAAUCAAGUGAACGGAUUUUGUUUCCAGGUAUCGAUGACGAUAACCAAACGGAUAUUGAUCUCGACCUCGAAAGUAUGUGUCUCAGAGACGGCAGCGAACAAAUGGAGAGCCAUUCCUUCAUUCUCUUCGCCUACGUUGGGAAAUUGAAAGCCUUUUGGUAUGAGAAAACUUCCCCCGGACCGUUUCUAGAAUUGGCGUUACUUCUCCCUAGCGUUCAAGUGGCCUUGAUCCUAAGCUCACUGAUACCGACACCCGUAGCGAAAAAGAGCCGAUUUAGUGGGAAAUUUAAGGUUUUACAACUGACAAGUUCUCCAUUCCUAACGACAUAUUUUCUAUGGAACAGCAUCAAUGGCGUGCAGCUAUAUAUAUGUUCCUUAUUGGUGCUAAUUAGUCUGUGGCUGGAACUCAAACUUGCUUCAAAAUCUAUUAGACCGAUCACGGCUUUUAUUGUGUCAAUCGCUUUGAUCUCUUUUGUCGUUGAAUUCGUCGUUAGCAUGCUCCAAACGACGUGUAAGGAGCUGGGUGUCUCAGAAAGCAUUCUUGGAUUGACUAUUUUCGCAUGGGGCAAUUCCAUAGGUGACAUGGUAUCUAACAUAACGUUCGUGAAGAUUGGGGUGCUAGAUGUGGCACUAGGCGCAUGUUUGGGUGGGCCGUUACUCUAUUUGGUUUUCGGAGUUGGCAUGGACGCGAUGUUAAUAAUCUCGCAACGUGCAGCUUCUCAAAGUGAUGUUUCCUUGUGGAAAAGAUAUAUCGAAUUUGAAGUGACUGGUUCACUUAUAGUGAGCUGUUUCGGCAUCUUGGCGGCUUUGGGUAUCUACAUGAUCGGCGUGCCAUUUAAUGAUUGGCGUAUUGACCGUAAAAUAGGGGUAGUGUGUCUAACACUCUAUCUUGUGAUGACAGGCUUUAAUUCGUAUCAGGAGUUUUAUGGACACAUUUGA